AUGGGUAAAACAAAAAAGGGUCGUCCUUCCAACUCUCCAGGAUCUUCCCCGGCGGAUGACAGAGUUGACUUAGUUCAACUUUUACCAACUAAUAAUGUACCUCCAUCAGAAGAGGAAAUAAUUUCUUUUCUUUCCGCACGCUCUAAAGCUGACUUACCUUACACUCGUAUUAAUGAUUCCUCUCUUGUGGUAAUAAACCCUAAUAAACCCUUGGAAUCCAUGAACGACGCUUCGGCUAAAGAAUAUGCCGAACAAUGGUACAAAAAUACAACUGCCGAAAAGAUAACUUUACAACCUCACAUUUAUGAGUUAGCUGCUAAAGUGUAUUUUCAUAUGAGAAGAUCCGCUGAGGACCAAUGUGUAAUUUUUAGUGGAAUUAAUGGUUCGGGAAAGACUGUAACCGAAAGUCACCUUUUAUCACAACUUUUACUACUUUCAACUCAUACUAAAAAGGAGGCAAAAAUCGCUAAUCAAAUUCAAAAUGCGCAAACAAUUUUAGAAGCUUUCGGUAACACAAAAUCAAUAAAUAAUAUUAAUGCUUCACGUUUCGGAAAGUAUCUAGAAUUACAAUUUAGUGAAAGAGGUAGAAUUGUUGGUGCAAAAUUUUUAACCUACUGUUUCGAUAAAGCAAGAGUAACUGAUACUCCUCUUGGUGAAAGAUCUUAUCACGUUUUUUAUUAUUUAUUGGCUGGUGCUACUCCUGAGGAACGUUCCCUAAUGCAUCUUCAAGAUCCUCAAAAUUAUUUUUAUUUAUCUAAAUCAAAAUGUUUUAAGAUUAUUGGUAUGGAUGAUAGUGUACAAAUGGACGAUUUACGUGCUUCUCUUAAAACUCUUGGUUUCAAAUCAAAAACUAUUGCUCAAAUUUGGCAAAUAUUAACGGCUAUUUUAUUAUUGGGUAAUAUUGAAUUUAUCGGUCCUGGUAAAGCAAAAGAUGAAGCUGCUACUAUUAAGAAUCGUCACUUUUUGGAUUUGGCUGCUCAGUAUUUAGGUGUACCAGCUUUCAAAUUAGAACAAACUUUAACUUUUAAGAAUAAAUUAAUUGGCAAAGAAUUAUGUACCGUUUUAUUAGACGCUGAUGCUGCUGCUGAUCAAAGAGAUUCUUUGGCUCAAGUUUUAUAUUCUAUAUUAUUUACUUGGAUAGUUGAACAUAUUAAUUCAAAAUUAAUUCAAUCUGAUGAACCUCCUAAUUUCAUCGGUUUAUUAGAUCAACCUGGUUAUCAAAAUUCUGAAAAAAAUGGGUUUGAACAAUUCUGUCUUAAUUUUGCUACUGAAGAAAUUGAAAAUUAUAUAUUAAAAAGACUCUUCGAUGAUAAUUUUGCUACUAAUGCUGAAAUCAUAAAUGAUGGUGUUCCUUUACCUAAUGUUUCUACUACUUACAAUAAUUAUUGCGUUGAAUUAUUAAGAGGUAAUGGUUCUGAAGGAAAACCUCGUAGUUUCAUUUCAAUCUUGGAUUCUGAAAGUGCAAAAUUUCAAAAUGCUACUGAAACUGUCGGUGAUUCAACACUUCUUUCCGCUUUGAAACAAGCCUUUUCUAGUCAUCAUUCUUUUGUUUCAAAUCCUUCUACUUCUAAAUCAUCUUCAAAAGCUGGUGUUUUUGGAAUAAAUCAUUUUGCUGGAUUAGUUGUUUAUGAUAUCGAUAGAUUCAUUGAAAAAAACAUUGAUAACUUAUCUCCUGAUGUUAUCGGUCUAUUUAAAGAGACGAACAAUACAUUUAUUAGAAAAUUAUUUUCCGGUCCUGCUUUGGCAAUUGAAAAUCAUCCAAAGAACGAAAAAACUGUUGUUGCCGCUCAAUUACCUACUAAACCAAUGCGUGCUCCAAAAUCAAAAAAGAAACCAUUGGCUCAUGUUUCAACAGUCGCAACUCAACUUUAUGGAACUUUAAAUCAAUUAAUAGAUACUUUAAAUUCUACUCGAAUGUGGAAUGUUUUCCAAAUUCGUCCUAAUGAUAAAAGUGAUUCAAAUCUUUUUGAUUCUAAACGAGUAAAAUCUCAAGUUCAUAGUUUCUUGAUACCUGAAAUUACUGCUCGUAAAAGAGUGGAAUAUAUUAUGAAAUAUGAUUUCACUGAUUUUUUGGAUCGUUAUAGAUCAAUUAUUCAACCUCAUAAUUUAGAAUCUUCUCGAAAUCUUCGUCAAAAAGUUGAAGAAUUUGCUUUGAGUAAUGGAUGGGAGGAAGAUAGUUACGCUAUUGGACAUCAAAAUGUGUACUUAUCUAAUUCGAUCUGGAAAUAUUUGGAAGAUAUUUUAAAAACUGCUGAAAAAGAUGAAAGAGCAAAGACUAAACACUUUAAAGAUGAUGAUAGUGUAGUCGGUGGAAAUCAUUUAGAUGGUGGUCGAAACGCACAUUUACCUAGUGCUACCAGUUCAGUGGAUCGGUUAAUACCGAGGAGUGGUUUCAAUUAUGCUGGUAGUGAAUUAGGUUAUGAUGAGUCUUAUGCGGAAAGUGAAGAAGAUUUUCAAUAUUCCAAGAAUAGUGGUAUGACAUAUCCUGAAGAAGAAGAAGGUAGUAUGUGGGGUAGUGAAUGGGAUGGAAAAAGUGAUGGGCAUUCUCCACCUAGUGAUCAAUCUAAAGAAGAAAAAAACAUAGGGAAUGGAAACAAAGAAACAAUCGAAGAAAUACCUGUUACUAAAACACGUAGAUAUUGGGUUGCAUUCGUAUGGUUAAUUACUUGGUGGAUUCCUUCAUUCUUAUUAAACUGGGUUGGAAAAAUGAAACGUCCUGAUGUACGAAUGGCAUGGCGUGAAAAAUUCACACUUUGCGUUAUAAUAUUCUUACUUUCAGCCUUCAUCAUCUUCUACAUUAUUUUCUUUGGUGAUCUAAUUUGUCCUGGUACUGACAAAGUAUAUAGUUCGGAUGAAGUUGCUUUUCAUAAAGGUGAUAAUGAUUUUUGGGUCAGCGUAAGGGGUGUUGUGUAUGAUCUCAGCACAUUUCAUUUGACAAAUCAUGCCAAGGGUGGUGGACCACCUGCUGAUGCGCAAGCCUUGGAAAGUUAUGCUGGUUUGGACGUUACAAAUUCAAUUCCAGUUCCCUUAUCCCAACCAGAAACAUGUGGAGAUAUGGUUACUAGUGAUCAAGUAUCUAUUUCACAUAAAAAUCUUUCGGAUCCGACUACCGGUUUUAUGUUUGUCCACACUACAGGUUCACAAUCACAAUAUCCUACCACAAAACUCGCUAAUACAAGGUGGUAUUUUGAUAAUUUUCUUCCUACAAUGAAAUUGUAUGUGAAAGCCGAUCUUGUCUGGACCCAAAAACAAUUCCAGGCUCUAUUUUCAAGGGGCCGUACUGUAGUCACAAUUAAUGAUAAAGUUUAUGACUUCACCGAUUAUUUUGCUACACAAAUAGACCGGCUACAACCUUCAAAACCUGAUCCUAACAUAUUACAACCUGCAGGUUUUAUCGAUUGGCAUUGGUUAGAUUUACCAGGACAAGAUAUAAUCGAAAGGUUAAUCACAACAAUGAAUGGAAAAGAUAUUACAAAAAAUUUAAAUAGUGGUGGGCUUGAUAAAAAUAGAUUGAAUUCAUUGAUGAGAUGUUUUAAUUCAGUCUUUUAUAUCGGUAAAAUGGAUUUCCGACAAACUUUCCGAUGUCAAUUCAAUAACUACGUUUUGUUAGUUGCUGCUUGUGUAAUGUGUUCGGUUAUCCUCGUAAAAUUCUUGGCUGCUUUACAGUUAGGUGCAAGACGUAGGCCAGAAGAUCAUGAUAAAUUUGUCAUCUGUCAGGUACCUUGUUACACCGAGGGAGAGGACUCACUUAAGCGUACAAUGGACUCAUUAGCCGCUUUAACAUAUGAUGAUAAAAGAAAAUUACUUUUCUUCAUUGCAGAUGGUAUGAUUGUUGGAUCUGGUAACGAUAGACCAACACCAAGAAUUGUUUUAGAUAUUCUUGGUGUUGAUCCUAAAAUGGAUCCAGAACCUUUAGCAUUUAAGUCUAUUGGUGAAGGAUCUCAACAAAUGAAUUAUGGAAAAGUUUAUUCUGGUCUUUACGAAUACGAAGGGCAUGUUGUACCUUAUAUAGUAGUCGUCAAAGUUGGAAAACCGACAGAAAAAAAUAGACCUGGCAAUCGCGGAAAACGUGACUCCCAAAUCAUACUUAUGAGAUUCUUAAAUAGAGUUCAUUUUGAACUUGAAAUGACACCACUUGAAUUAGAGAUUUAUCAUCAGAUGAAAAAUGUAAUAGGAGUAAAUCCAAGCUUUUACGAAUAUGUUCUUAUGGUUGAUGCUGAUACUGAAGUUAUGCCAGAUUCGUUAAAUCGUAUGAUUUCUUGUAUGCUUCACGAUGGUCGUAUAAUCGGUAUUUGUGGUGAAACAACCUUGGUUAACGAAGAAGGUUCAUGGACAACUAUGAUUCAAGUUUACGAAUAUUAUAUUUCUCAUCAUCUUGCUAAAGCAUUCGAAUCUCUUUUUGGAUCUGUUACUUGUUUACCUGGUUGUUUCUGUAUGUAUCGUAUUCGCACUCCUGUAAAGAAUAAUCCUUUGAUCAUAUCUACUACUGUUAUCGAUGAAUAUUCAGAAAAUCAUGUGGAUACUCUACAUAAGAAGAAUUUGUUGUCACUUGGUGAAGAUCGUUAUCUUACCACAUUAAUGAUGAAACAUUUCCCUCAAUAUAAGAUGACAUUUACACCAGAUGCUAUGUGUAAAACUGCGGCACCUGAUCGAUGGUCCGUUUUACUUUCACAAAGACGUCGUUGGAUUAAUUCCACAAUUCAUAAUCUUAUGGAACUUAUGUUCUUACCAGAAAUGUGUGGUUUUUGUUGUUUUUCAAUGAGAUUUGUGGUCUUUAUUGAUCUUUUCGGUACACUUAUUCUUCCAUCCACCACAAUAUAUAUUGGUUAUCUUAUCUACGCUGUUGUUACCAAACGUCAAGAUUUACCAAAGAUUUCGUUGAUUAUGUUAUCAGCAGUUUAUGGUUUACAAGCAGUUAUUUUCAUUCUUAAACGGCAAUGGCAGCAUAUUGGUUGGAUGAUAAUCUACUUAAUAGCAUUCCCUCUGUUUUCUUUCUUUAUUCCGAUUUAUGCAUUUUGGCAUUUUGAUGAUUUCAGUUGGGGUAAUACUCGUGUGGUGGUUGGUGAAAAAGGUAAAAAGCAAAUCAUAACGUCCGAUGUUGAAAAAUUCGAUGAAAGUUUGAUACCGAAAAAGAAAUGGGCAGAUUAUGAACAAGAAAUGUGGGAAGUGGGAACUUCUGAAUCACAUGAUUCUGGAAGAUCAAGGCAUAGUGCAACUUCAUAUCGAAGUCAUGGUAGUCAUAAAUAUGAAACUGGUAGUCAAUACGGUGGUAGCAAUCAUGAUGGAGAUUAUUAUCGGGAUACUCAUUUAACAGCACCUGCAGAUCGACGUGGUAGAUCGAGAUCACCUGUGCCAAGGAAUACUUCAUCCGAUGGACGAAAUUCAAGGUCUUUCAGCGCAACUGGAGAACAUAAUUAUAGAGAUUCAAUUAUAUCAGUGCCGAGAAGUCAUUCAGAAACGGAAAUUUAUCCACCACAAGGACCUAUAGGUUCACACGCCUACGAUGGACCAACGGAUGAAGAAAUUUUAAUGGAAAUUCGAAAUAUUUUACAAACUGCCAAUUUAAUGAAUAUUACAAAGAAACAAGUUCGAGAACAACUCUCAAUAGUCUUUGGUAUGGACAUGGCAUAUCGAAAAGAGUUUAUUAACAAUAGUAUAGAAUUGAUUUUGCAGGGCAAACUCUAA